UCAAUCAAGCCCCAGGCUAGUAGGACCUCUUUGAAAAGUUGCAGCCCUACAGCAACAAAUCUACAUAUACACAAUUCUGCUUCUCAAGAAGCUAGUUAAUCUCCUUUCCUUCCUCGAAUCAAAAAGAUUCUAGUUAAAAAACUUGAAAGGCCACCUUGUCAAGUUGAAUCCCUCUCCACCUGGUUUCUGCUUCUCCCAAGUUUUGCUGCAUUAGUUCCUUGUCCUGUAGUUCUCUUUAACUUUCUAGUCCUUGAAACUUCAAAGACAUCUUCUUGUACCUGGCUGCAUGUCUCAGAUAGGGGAUGGUGAGAAGGGGAAAAACAGUAGUUUUGGCGAGGUCUCAUUCUCUUCUUACCUUAGCACAGCUGAAGAGAUCUUUGUGCACAAGCUUAUAGAACCUGCAAUUCAGCAUCCCCAUCCUGCCAUUGCUCCGAGUGGAGGAAUUCAUGCUCAUGUACGCUUAGAAAGAAAUAAGGCUGAAGAGGGUGAAAUCAGUGUCUUUGGUUCUGAAAAAUACUUCAACAUGAAACUGGAUGAUGACAGUCCAAGGCUUAAUGACAAUUAUUCUAACAAGCAUAGUCUUAAGAUGGAAAAACAAGUUGAUCUGCAUCAGAUGACCCCAAGGCGCUGGCCUGGCACACCAAGUGCAAGUUCUGAGGCAAGUUGGGGCAGCCAAACUGUUUUGUUACAAAGUUCUAUGAGGAAUCGAUCUGAAAACAAGCAAAAGAAUGCAUAUGGAAGGAGCUUUUUCUCUAUUCUUAGCUGCAUCGGGUCUUGUUCAAAUGGGAAAUCUGUUUAUGUCAAUCAAAAUGUUGAUCAUGGAAAAGAUUACAGAAAAGAACACAUCCAAAUCAAUCACAGGCAUGUCAAUAUGGAUAGGAGGAAACUGCCCCAAGCAAAAUAUCAGGUAAAAGAUGAGUUUGACAGCCAGAGUUUCGAUAAGAUGAGCGUGGGAUCAAACAGAGAAGUGUACUUUGGACCACCAGUUGUGAAACCGGGGCAGGAAAAUGUGACAGUUAAAACAAAAUUGGAUGAUCCACGGAAAUCCCUGGAAGUGUUUGGCUCCACUGCGAUGAAGAAGGGAGACAUAGCCAAUAACCUUGAGAGGAAACUGUCCAUGUUAAGUUGGGAUGCCAUUCCAAAUGCUCCAACCAUGUCAUCUAUUUACAGAAGCAGCCAGGUAGGCGAUGAUAUUGAGAGUGAUGCUAGCUCAGAUCUCUUUGAGAUAGAUAACAUAUUCGAUUGCGGUCAGGCCUUGUUCACAAGACAAGCAUCUGAUGGCAUGUCUAGCUGCAUUACCCCAUAUGCACCAAGCAAGACCAGCAUUGAAUGGAGUGUCGUCAGUGCCAAUGCUGCUGACUGCUCAUUUCUUUCAGAUUAUGAUGAAAAGAAACCAAAAGAAAAUAUUAAAGCUCCGGGAUCAAAAACAUACAGUAGAGUGGCGAACGGCAAAACUUUGCCUGAUAAAGAGACACAAAGAAGCCGAACAGGCGGGAUAUUGGGGUGCAAGAGUCACAAAGCAGUUAUGGUUGCUGAAACCGCAUACAGAAGUGAUGAGAAGUCAAAUCCUUCUCACCUGCACCAGCUUCCAAAAUUAGUCAACCCCAUGCCAGAAAGACUCUUACAAGCUGAUAUUAAGGUAAAAGAUCUUGAUUUCCCAUGAGCUGAACAAGCAUUUUCCAUGAGAAAUCUCACUGUUAUUCUGCCUUUUUGCACAUGCUAUGCAGCCUUUGCCUAUGCAGCGGGGCACGGGUAAAUCAAAGGUGAUUAUGGAAGAAGAUAGCUAGAAACUUUUCCAUUUGACAUAAAUUUUCUUUUAAUUAUGUAAUUUCUCCUAAAUAUUACAUAUAAAUUUCAAGUCGGCAUUAUUCUUCUUCUCUAUUCCUUUUAAGUACCGAUUUUCUCUCUAAUAAAUUUAGCAACAAAGGUCAUAUAGUUUGUGUCACUAAAAUGCAUAACAGCCUGGAAACAUAAAAUGAGAAUCUGAAUUUGUCCAGGCAAUUGGACCCAAAAGAGGGUUA